AUGGUCGUCGUGUCACGAAACUUUAAGAAGAACAAGGAUGCUCAUCUGCACCACAGCUACGCGGCGAGACACCUGGAGGAGGAGAUGUGCGCCGUCGGCCACACACUGUUGUGGCUCCACUUCGUUUACGACCAGCUGAGCCGCUCGCCCACCUCUCGAUUUGUGCCACCCCUCGACUUCAGUACUCCGUACAUGUGGUACCACAAGCACCUCUUUCAUGCUCGGAACGACAAGAUACAAAAACAGCUGCCGGCUUCAUCGCAUUCUCGGAUCACGAAGGAGAUGUGGCGGACGAACAAGAUCUUCAUCACGCGCAACACCCACGCCGCCCGGGCAGGUGGGGCACAGGAGCUGGCCGACGAUGGCGUUCCGCGAUCUGACAUCGCCGACUUGGGCCACUGGGCACUCGACAAGCUUGCGAAGAGCUACAUCACGACCAUUCCGAAGGCAGCGAUAUUAAGAAAGGCCGGCUACAUGGGCAAGCGCGGUGACUACCACCUCGGCCGCAGCAUGGUAAAGCCCGACGACAAGGUGGUGGCCCUCAUCGCCCAGCAUAUCUUUCCGUGGGCGGAAGCGGAACUGGCCCAAGCGGAAAAGUGCGCCACGGGGAAGGAACCCAACACGGACGGGCUGCACUUCCUGCAAUCGCUCAUUGAGUUCGGUCGCCGCAUCGUCGCCGAGGAACUUGCGUGCAUGCUGAUGCGCGAGCCGUGGCACCCGUACGUCUAG